AUGGGAGACCGGAAAUGCAGAUUGUCUCCAAACACCACGAUCAUUUUCAUUCUCGCUGAUGGUGCAAGUAGCUCAUUGUCGACUUAUAUCAUCCAAGUGCAGAAGCCGAAAGACAAAGAUCUCACUACUUUGGAGGAUCUCGAUACUCUGUAUCGGUCAUUUUUACCUCCAGCAGCCAGCUCCAACCAAGAACAAAGAAUGGUACACUCAUACCGAAAUGUACUAUCCGGGUUUGCGGCCAAAUUGACCGCUGAGGAAGCUAAAGCCAUUCGAGAGAAGGACCGUGUUUUGCACGUGCGUCCGGAGAAGGCGCUCUCUCUGCACACAACUCACACGCCCAACUUCUUGGGAUUGCACCAAGGAGUCGGGCUCUGGAAUGACUCGAACUACGGGAAGGGCAUGAUAAUCGGAGUAUUGGACACGGGGAUUUUCCCUGACCACCCUUCCUUCAGCGAUGAGGGGAUGCCUCCGCCCCCGGCCAAGUGGAAGGGCAGGUGUGACUUCAACGGCACAUCUUGCAACAACAAGCUCAUUGGUGCGAGGUCGUUCACCAGUUCGAGCACGACUCAUGCACAGGCCGUUCCGCCGUACGAUGGUGAGGGCCAUGGCACGCACACUUCAAGCACGGCUGCCGGUGCUUUUGUGAGGGAUGCCAGCGCGCUCGGUCAUGCCAAAGGCACGGCCACAGGCAUGGCGCCUCUUGCGCAUUUGGCAAUGUACAAGGUUUGUGAUGCAAACGGGUGCCUCGAGAGCGACAUAUUAGCUGGGCUCGACACGGCCAUAGAGGACGGUGUCGAUGUGCUUUCCCUCUCUUUAGGAGGAAUAUCCCAACCGUUCUUCGACGACUCGAUCGCGAUAGGUGCAUUUGCUGCCACCCAAAAGGGAAUUUUCGUCAGCUGCUCCGCAGGGAAUAGCGGGCCGUCCGACGGCACAUUGUCAAACGAAGCACCGUGGAUUCUCACCGUGGGAGCGAGCAGCAUCGACCGCACCAUAAAGGCCACGGCGCACCUUGGGAAUGGCCAAGAGUUUGAUGGGGAGACACUCUACCAGCCCCACGACUUCCCUCCGACGCUGCUUCCCCUUAUUUAUGCGGGAGUAAACGGAGAUCCAUCCUCGGCCCUCUGCCUCCCAGGAUCACUAGGAGGCCGCUCGGAUCUCCAAGGGAAAGUGGUUGUGUGUGACAUCGGCGACGGCAGAGGGCGAGUCGCAAAAGGUCAAGAGGUCAAAAAUGCGGGUGGUGCGGCCAUGAUCCUCGUGAAUGGUCCCAUCGAGGGUUACACCACAUUGGUCGAUGCGCAUGUCCUACCCGCGGUCCAUGUGAGCUACGUUGCAGGGAUGGUGAUUAAAGACUACCUAAGCACGGCGCAGGCACCAGCAGGCACGAUCCUAUUCAAAGGCACCCUCAUCGGUAGAUCGGUUGCCCCGGCCGUAUCAUUCUUCUCUUCCCGUGGCCCCAACUUCCAAAGCCCCGGCAUCCUCAAACCGGACAUCAUUGGUCCGGGCGUGAACAUUAUUGCCGGUUGGCCAUUUCCUUUAGACAAUUCCACAAACCUGAAGCACGCAUUCAAUGUGAUCUCUGGGACCUCCAUGUCCUGCCCCCACCUCAGCGGCGUGGCGGCGCUGCUCAAGAGCGCGCACCCGGACUGGUCGCCUGCCGCCAUCAAGUCUGCUAUCUUGACCACCGCCACCACCUCCAACCUGGAACGCCGACCCAUCGUCGACCAGACGCUCCAUCCGGCGGACAUUUUCGCCACCGGCGCUGGACACGUCAACCCAUCAAAGGCCGUUGACCCCGGUCUCAUAUACGAUGUUGGACCGCAAGAUUACAUCGCUUACCUUUGUGGGCUCGGCUACACCGACUCAGAAAUCGAGACCAUAGUUCAAGAAACAGUCACAUGCUCGAGCAUACCGAGCAUCCCCGAUUACCAGCUCAACUAUCCAUCGAUAAGCGUGAGGUUCGAGGGUUCGGUAAAUACGGUGAGUGUGACGAGGACGGUGAGGAAUGUCGGACCUGCGAAGUCGCGUUAUAUUUUGUCACUCAUUGACCCGAUCAUGGGUCUGGACUCAAUUGGCGUGUCCCCGGGUGAUCUGGAGUUCACCGAGGUGAACCAGACAGUGAGCUAUACUGUUGACUUCACGAGGAGCGUUGACUGGAACACCACGGCGACGCCGUUCGCUCAAGGAGCGAUCACGUGGGUCUCUGGUCAGCAUUCGGUUCGAACCCCAGUGGCCGUUUUGUUCGAGUAA